CACUUCAGUAAAUAAAUCAACACAUGACAAGACUGGUGUCGGCUGGUUAGUGUGUUUUUGGACUGUAUGAUCGAACUUUGCUCAUUUAAAUGGUUGAUUGAGCAUGACCUAAGCGGGAUUUAUUGAACCUUUUAAUGCAUACAAUCGGUUGUUUCAUGCAAUUACAUAUUUUUAUUGUUUGCUUAACAAUAAAAAUACAAUAAACUUGAUCACGGGAUGUCGGGGUAUGAUGACUGUAGCUCACACUACGGCAGCGGGGGCAGCGAGCGAGAGAAGGAGAAGGCCCCUGAGAGUCGGGGGACUGCGAGGCUUUUACAGCAGCGCGGAGGAGCGCCUCCGCCCAGCUCGGCCUCCGCGUCAGCUGUUCCAUCACGAUUGAAGCCGAAAUUGCAUCUCAACAUCAGUCUCGCACAGCAACACAACGAGAAAAGUCACAGCGCAGACGACAUACACAAUAACGAAGCUGGGGAUAAACUUGGGGCCAUCGUUCCUACUCUCCGUUUGCUGAAUAAAUGGAGACAGAGUGCAAAGGAUUUCACGUCGUCGUCCCCCACUUCAAGCGGUACCCGACCAAAGUUGACAAGCAGUGUGAGUUUAGCCCCAAACAGCGGCAUGUCUAGCCUACAGCCUCCGGUGAUUCCUGCCUCUCUACUGAGUCCAGCAAACCCAGUGGCUACUCCCAAACUUCCAAAUGCUCUCAUCGAGAUGUGUGUUGUUGUGGGGAUGGAUGAUGACACUGGAUUGAAAGUUGCCAAGAAGUCAAUGGCUGCUUCUCAGUUCAAUUUCCGAGGCGGUGGAGACGGAAUGCCAAUAUUUUCCAGCAUCUUUGAACCACACGUGCUGGCAGUGCUGACGCGUCAGAUGGCCGUCUUCCCCCAGAACAAAUCUCUCCUCAAUGAUGGGUACAGCGAGUACCCCCGGACCCCUGUGGUCACGCCCCCUGGAAGGGACUUCAGCCCUGGUGGAUUCCCCUACGUACGUCAGAGACGCAUGGCGAGGAGGCUGUCCAUCAAGCCCCGUGCGCUUCCUCUCUCUUACAAUCAGGAGAUGAUCAAUUCACUUCCUCCACUGUGCUUCCCUGGUGAUGCAAGUGUCAGCAAAGGUCAACGAGAGGAAUCAUUCCAUUAUCUAGUUCUGACCAGUCUCAGUGGAACCAGAUCAUAUGCAACAUGUCUCACUUUCUAUAGACAAUUUAUUGUGCACAAGUAUCCUGAUGAAGAUUUUUACAGUUUGGAACCGAAGACGUCAACCACCGUGCAGAACAAUCAGAAAGAAGGCCAUGAGCAGGUCAUGUGUUACGUCCCAGCAUGCAUUGUUCUCAUCUCACCGAAUCCUUAUUUUACAGUCAUGAGGGAAUGUUUGUCGAGUCUUGUUCCAGACCUGUAUGCCAAGCCUCAGAAGAUGAAUGAAUUACUCAAAGAGUUCACCUUGCAGCUGCUUAUCAUACCCACUCCACCAGCUGGAAACCUGUAUAUUUCCUUCAUGUUGAAUGAGUUCACCAUCAGCAUCCCUCCCCCAGAUGACCCUGAGAAGCCGGUAGUCAACAUCUCUCUCCAUCUCCCAUUCCUCAUCUUCACCCUGGAUGAUAUCCUCAAGAUCAUCUCAGCCAUCCUGACUCAACAGAGGAUCAUCUUCCUCUCUCACGAUUACUCUCUCUUGGUCCCAAUCAUGGAGUGUUUCUUCUCCUACAUUCUGCCCUUCAAAUGGCCAUUUGUCUAUGUUCCAGUGGUCAGUACACAGCUUCUUGAUCUCCUGGAGGCCCCAGGAUGCUUCAUCAUGGGCUGUAAUACCAUACAUCGAAGCAGGAUACAACAGAUUGAAGGACUUGUCAUAGCUGACAUAGAGAAAGGAACUCUCCAUGAAUGCCCUACAUUGUCUGUUCCUAGUCUUCCUAAAGGACCCACAGAAGGCUUCAAAAAGCAGUUUUACCAUGCUCGAGUGAAGUACUAUGAGCUUGCCACUCUGGGUCGCACUGUCCCUGCUACUUUGGAGAUGGAGAAUGCAAGAAGACAGAAGAUGGACAGACAGUUCCAGCAGGAAAUACUUGAUUGCUUUCUAGAGAUGUUUGUCCAUAUAUUCAGGGAGCUCCCUGAGUUCAUGAGCAUGGACCAACGAUGGUUCAAGCUGGAGGAGUUUGUUUCAUCCAGAGCGGAGGAGGAGAGGGAUUUCUACAAUGAGAUGGUGCACUCCCAGAUCUUCAAGCCGUUCAGAGAAGACAGGCUGGACCAGAAAAAGGAUUACUACGCCCAGAUGGAGAAAAAGAUCCGGCCACCGAGUCUUAAUGUGUCCAGUGUGGUGGACCAAGGCCGAAUCCGUAAACAGCAGAGUACUGGACAGUCUGUCCCCGACUUAAGACGACGCAGAGUGUCUGGUGCAAGGAGUCUAAGCGAGACAGGUCAAAGUUCAUCCGAUCAGACUGCACAGUUUAUGCUUCCCCUCUUCCACAUCCCAUACACUUCAGAUAAAGAAAGGGGAGAAGACAUCAAAAUGAUUGAAUUUCCAUCUAAAAAAUCAGCCCAACAUUUCUUCACCAAGUGCAUUGAACAGCUUGACCAUUCUAUUGAGAGUUGUAGACAGCCAGCCCUAAAGGCGUCAUACUUGUAUCUCCGAGGAAUGUUCCACAUUGCAUGCAACAGCCCACUGGAUGCAUUGGAUGAUUUUCAUAAUCUACAUACAGCUGACCUUUCUAUUCUUCCUACUGAUUUAAUCACAGAGCUGAUGGACAACCUGAGUGCAGAAGACAAGGAUCUUCUCCACCGGAGAGAAUUCUAUAAGAGAGGAGAGAUCCUGCGUAAAAUCAGUGAGCGCCGGUCUGCUCCACAGAUCACUGCUAUGCCCAGUAUACAGCCAGAUGAUCUCCCUGAUAAAGGGGAACUAGGUUUGAGGGAGUUUAUCCACUGGAUGCAGUACCUAGAAAUAGCCAUUGAUGUUGAUGUCAUUGACAGGCUUUUCAAUGCUCUAUCGUCAGGAUCCAGCUACCUUGAUGCGGAGACUUUCAUCUAUUUCUACGAGGCUUGGAAGGAAGGAUUAGAAGAAAUCAAGUCCAUACCUCUGAGUAUAUACAAGGAAUACUUGGACAGUACAGAGAGUGUUCUAAAGAUGUCUUCCUUGAUCAGGACAGAUCAUGGUAUGGGAAGAUUGGUCCUCACUGAGAAGAGGCUCUUCUACAUGGGUGAAGGGAGCAAUAUCUACCGAGAAAUUGUGAGGACAAGAGAUAUCGAGAAGCUAGAGAAGUUUGAAUACUUCAACAUUCUGCUCAGCUGCCAAGCCCUACGAAUAUACAGCACUAAGCCGAAUACAAAUCCCUAUGUUGCCAAUUUGAAGGCAGAGCGCAAUAGCUGGUUCACACUCAUCACCGAGCUGUGGGCAGGACGUGUCAUAUCUGAUGCACAGAAAGACCCUCAGGUGGUCCAACAAGCAGCAAGGAACGUCAAGUUGAUAGACUCCGUUAUACGCAGUGCUGAGAAUGAGGACGCAACACAUGCAAAGCACCUUGAUAGUGCUGUUUGGCAUUUAUGCCACUUUUCACGGCUAAAAGAUGAAGGAAUGGGUCGUGUACCACCAGAGACUAGCUCAGCAUUGGUUCAUAAGUUCAACCCAUCAAGUAACGAAGCACAAAGGACUACAGUAGAGGCUAUGAUAUAUACACCGGGCACCUCUGUAUUUUCAGAUCGCAGUAUGAGUGAGCUGGAGGAGGCCACGCCCAAGCUCUGGUGCGCUAUGGGGUCGGGGAAGGUCAAGGUCUUUGACGGGAGUAACUUUGUGCUGGAGGCGGAGUUUGCUGAUGCAAAGGAUAGAGUGUGCUGCCUGUUAUGCGUGAGGGGAGAGCAAGUUUGGGCAGGUUCUUUUGACACCACCAUCUACAUCAUUGAUAUACCUACCUGCCUAUCAAACAAGCAGCUUGUAGAACACAACGACAUCGUCUCGGACAUGACGGUCUCAGAAGACGGCAAGACUGCUUUCACCUGUAGCUUGAAUGGGCAAAUCUUUGGUUGGGAUACGCAGAGCUUGUCACAGAAACACCAGAUACAGCUGAAGAAUACCAAGACCUUGGUUUCUAUGAAAUUCUACAAUGACAAGCUAUGGUGCUGUACAAAGACAGAUAUCAGAGUUCUAGGCCUUGAUGGUAAUGAGCUAAACAGCCUUCAACACCUUGACAAAGAUGGGAUGCCAUCCUUGAUUGAAUCAUUCCUUCUCCUUGGAAAUAGGAUCUGGACUGGUUGUGGUAGGAGGGGAGAGGUGGCAUGCUGGAAUGUGGAUUCUUUCAAACAGGAGAAGCUUCUCACUGUCUCCUGUAGGGGUCUCAGCAAGCUUGUUUCCGUGGGAACCAGGAUAUGGGCUGGUAGCAAACAAGGCAAGAUCCACCUUUUUGAUGCCAACACCUGUGAGUACGAGAAGGAGCUGGAGGCCCACGAAGAUGCCAUUAGGUCCAUGUGCCAGGCGGAAAUGCGCUAUGUCAUCACCGGAGCGGGGAGCAAGGAUGGAAAGGUCGCCCUCUGGAGAGCAAACUUUGUGGCAAACUGAUCUUUGUUUAAUAGGCGGAACUACUUGUACCUUUUGGUCUAUUUAUACUACAUUUUUUCCCAUGGAUUGAAGAGAAUCCUAAUCAUGAAAAUUAAGUCAUAAUUUAGUUGCGACAGUAAGCUUAGGUCUAUCCCAACUUCUGAAUUCUAAUCUCUUUGUUCCUGGUCAUGAUGUCAAAUGUAUAUUGAUGUUGAUGACCAAUAGGAAUGUUUAAGGCCCAGAGAAUGCAUACAUGUAAUUAUUUAGGAUAUUUUAGUGUUGAAAUCUUGUUAGUUUACAUCUUAACAGAGGAAGUAUGUUGAUAAUGAUUUAUAAUUCAUACAUGUUUGUUAUUUCAAAAUAUGCUCCUUCCAUUUUAAGAAUAACAAUGAAGUGUUACAUCUUUAUUGGCAUUACACAAGGGGUCAAAUGAUAUCAAAUUAGUUUAAAAUGGCUAAUGUUAUAGAACCUUUCCCAAUUGUAAAUUAACACCCUCCAAGUUGUGUCACUGUGUGUGUGUGUUUCAUAAACCUGUUCGUAAGUUCAGAGAGACUUUACAAACAACUUGUGAUCCUUUCUUUGGAAUUACAUGAAUACGAAUGAAAAUCUAGUGUAUAUCAUUUCCACAGAAAAGGAUCACCAGUCGUUUGUAAAGUUGCUCGUAACUUAUGAACCGCUUUAUUAAACUUCCACCUGGUCUGUACAGUGGUUCCUAUAUUAGAGUUGAAUAUUGCUGAUCGGCAUACCGGAAACGCUUGCGUAAUAUAUUCUUUUAAGAAUUAACAAUUAGUGAAUACCUUUCCAUUUGAAAAAAAGGAAGGUCAUAUGCAAAAGUUGCUCUAGAGCUAACUAUGAAAUGGCUAUAAAAUUGUUGAUGUCAGGCUAACCUCAUAGAUAAUCCUGAUGCAAUGUAUUCAUAGUACUGUUUAGAAUCUAAAACAGGUAGAUUUGAUGGUCAAAAUACUUAAAUUUGAUGCGUUUGUGAUUUAUUACCAAUAUUUAAUGUGGGAUGGCUUUACAUAUUGUUUUUUCUUACCCACCUUGAAAGAAAAAAAUUAUGUUUAAUAAUUAAUUGAUAAUAGUAUAUUCUUGCUUUAUAUUUAAAUGUGCAAUACGGUAGUCAUGAAAUCCUCUUGAAAUAAAGAGAAAUAUACAUGUAUCAUUUUUUUUGUUUGAAUUUGUCUUUUCAGUCCUCAUAAAAGACAUUAUUUUAACUGUAUUUCAGCUGUAUUUUACUCAUGUACUUAUGAUGUAUAUAGGCAUUUCAGCACAAAUUUCUGUGAUUGUUUAUGUUUGAGAUAAAUGUAUGUACUUGUCUAUUUUCUUUCAAAGUUGGUGUACAUGAAAUUUGACGUAGAAUAUCUAACACAUGUUUUGCAUUUUGUCAACCUCAAGCUUUUUAACGAGCAUCAACUGAGAACCUUAGUCGGCUUUCGUCAAGUCGUGUGUAAAAUACGUACAUCUUUCAUCAUUUUAGGAAGAGAUAACAAGAAAAGGCAUGUAAAUUUACAUAAUAUAAACCAAACUUGUUUUGCAAUCCUGUUCUUCCAUUUUAUUUGCUUCCACAAGAAUUUGUCUUUCUUUAAAAUGUGCCAGAAUACAAACUAUAUUGCUUAUGCUUUACAUGUAUAUUUCAGUGUUGACUUUCAGACUAGAAGAAAACCAAGUCUAUAUUUUUCUUCUCAAUAUGUUUAUCUAAUUUUGAAGCAAGUGCUGCACCAAUGACAUUGUCCAAUUCAGAGGCUUGUGAUAUUCAAGUCAGCGCUUUUAUAUUUGUUUUUGGACAUGCAGACCAUCAUAUUUUUUUAUGGUCUAAAUUGCAAAUUCUUUGUUCUUUAGUGUGAAUUUGUGUGUUCUCUCUGCUGAGUGACUGUAGUUUGCAGAAAAACCCACCGAUGCACAAUUU